UUGAUUUAGUUUCCAAGUCUUACGCGGUUGUGGCAAUUUUUUCAGUCGCGUGUGUAAGGCGCGCGCGGCUGUAUCCUUCACGGAGCUCCGGAUUUUAUUUCGUGUUCUUUUUUUGAAUUUUGUUUCGCGCGCUCCCCGUGUUAUUGGAACUUUUGUUUUACAGCCGAUGUCAACAUUUUACAAACUCUUCCGUUACAUGUGUGUGUUUUGCUGUGUGUGAUUGACGUGACACUGUGUGACUUUAUGUUUUUAUUAUCCUUAACUAGUUUGGAUGUCUUUAGAUUAAGAUCUUACACCCUUGGCUGAUUUUGAAGACUGAUUACAUUAUAAGGUCAACUAGGAUGUAACUGAACGUCAUAGAUAAAGCCACGGUCGGACUUGCGCGUCGCGGUUAUCAAGGUUCAAGAGCAAUGACUACUGCGAUGGCACAUCAGGAAUCCAUACACGAGAGACUGCAGUCGGGACCCGAGGAACCGCUUUACCUGCACCAUGGAGCAUCCUGGAACUCAGAGACGUCGGAACACCAAGAGGAUCACAGCACAGACAUGUCGCCCUACUACAACAUGCCAAAAAGAAAUAAGAGAAAGAAUUUCAAACCACGAUGUGCUCCUAACGCUACGACGUUCUCUGAUGACUCCAACGGAGGCAACUGCGAGAGCAGCCUCACAAACGGAAAUGACAGAACCACACCUGAACAGGCUGAUGAGGAAACGGAUGGCUACAAUAAAAUUGGUGUCAAGAACUUCGGUCUGAUAAAAGGUGGAGCUGUCGACCUCAGCCGGCGAUUGAGCACUGAUUCCAAUGAAAACAUAGAAUCCACCUACCAGAACAUCACGGACGAGAAGAAAAUAGACUCGUUCCAGCGCUCGUACAUACACAGCCUGAAGGUGAACCAGCCGGCCGAGAGAGAUCACACCGUGCUUAACUUUAGUAAUUUACAAAACAAAACAUUCUGUGCCAAAAAUCCAUUCGCCAUAUCCCAGUUAAUAAAAACCAAUUCGCCUCCACGGAGAAGGGAAUCCGAUUCCGACGACGAGGCUAAGGGUCAGGAUAUAAAUGCUAAUGACAGGUUGGAGAACCAGGUUAUAGGGGAGUCUAAUGAAGGUCAACAAAACGGUGAUCCGUCUAACGCUACAAAUAGAAUCUUGAGGGAUUACGCUAUGAACACCAUGAAAGAAUUAUUGGGUAUCUAUGGCUUAUCAUCGAACGAAGUGGCAGAUGCUAUCAGCGGCCAAAUAAGAGCUUUGGAGGCUCUUCAAGGUAAACCCUUCACUCAGUUACCUUUGAGUCUGAAGCGACGUCAUGAUUCAGGGGAUGGAACUGAUAGAAGCAUCCGAAGAUCCUCUUCAGCGACUGAAGAUGAAGGAUCCACCAACAUAACCCCUCCAAAAACACCAGACAACGACAUAGAAGCCCAAAGACAAAGGGCCCUUCGGAUAAUAAAUCAGCAAUCAAUGCGUCUAUUUCGUUCUGGGCGAGAGGAAGACAGUUCUGAUGAUGGAGACCAGACCCUCGACCUCAGUGUGUCCAGAGAUACAGACGGACAGGAAAUGUCUACAACUUCGAGCGCCGGUAACAGCGUGUCGGAGUACGAUCAGAACAUGAUGAUGAGGAAGAACCUCGAGGACCUGGCGAAUCUACAAAUGCAGAAUUUCUUCCAAAAACAAUCCAUGAUGGAUCCCGAAGACUCUCAGGAACGGAAACUCCAAGCCAGUGGACUGCUGUCAGCCUUGAAUCAUCUGGAUCAGGCUCGCAAGAACUCCAUGCAAACGACCGUGGAUUACUCCAGAUACGUCAAAAGGUACAGUUCAACACUAGAGUGUGGUUCAUCAUAUUGUAAGGAUUUGGGAUAUCGAGAACAUUUUCAUUGCAUGGAUUGCACUGCGAGGGUCUUUUGCAAAAAGGAAGAAAUGAUAAGACAUUUCAAGUGGCACAAAAAACGAGACGAAUCUUUAGCGCAUGGUUUUAUGAGAUAUUCUCCCCUCGACGACUGCUCCGAGAGGUUCAGUGACUGUCCUCAUAAUCGAAGUCAAACACACUACCACUGCAUACAGGAUGGCUGUGAUAAGGUGUACAUAUCUACAUCGGAUGUCCAGAUGCAUGCGAACUAUCACCGCAAGGACUCUGCCAUACUUCAAGAAGGGUUCCAAAGGUUCCGCGCCACUGAGAGCUGUUCCGCUCCACAUUGUAUGUUCGCCGGUCAACGGACCACGCACUUCCACUGUCGAAGGCCUGGAUGCACCUACACAUUUAAAAACAAAGCCGACAUGGAGAAACACAAGACUUACCACAUAAAAGACGAGGCGUUAUCAAAGGACGGUUUCAAAAAGUAUAUGAAGAGCGAAGCCUGCCCGUAUAGAGAUUGCAGGUUUAGUAGGACCUGCAACCACAUACACUGCAUCAGACCGCACUGCAACUACGUACUGCACUCCAGCAGCCAGAUCUUCACACACAAACGGAAACACGAGAGGAAGGAACAGGAAAUGAGUUUUGGGUUGCCAACGUCUGUGAUCCAAAAUGCUUUAAUGCAAGGAGAUCUGUCAUAUGCCAUGUAUGAUGACGACAUAUCCGUUGAAGAUUACACCCAAGCUUAUAACCAACCCUUGGUGGAUGAAGUAGCACGCAAGUAUAUUGAAACGUUCAACGGCGCGAAGGAAGCUGAAGACAAGUGCAGCAAAUGUAGCGCCUUCAACAAACACUACCACUGUUUGGCUGAAGACUGCAAGAUGGCGCAUAGUUGUCACAACACAAUGGUAAAGCACGUCAUGGAACACGAACAGCAGAGCCAAGUAACGGAAGCUUACUUCGUGACGUAUACGAGAAAUAAUCCUUGUUCCAAUUCGGCAUGCCAGCAUAUCAAAGACAUCACCCAUUAUCAUUGUAUUUGGGAGAACUGUGGAGCUGUCAUACUAUCUUCAGAGGAACAUCCCUUCAGACGCUUGGAGCACUAUCGCCAACACGCCAAUCUCAGUCCCAUGUCGCCAAACUUGGCAGCCAGAUUUGCGCCCACCUUCACUCCGCAACUAUCGGCUCAAUUACAUCCAAACAUGGCGGCCCAACUUGGCCAGGUGACAAAUUUACCCAAUCUUCCACCUAAUUUGGCUCAGUUGGCCCAAAUGGCACCAAGUCUAACGUCCCAAUUGACGCCGAACUUACAAGCUCAAUUGAAUCUUGGGCCUAAUCCCACUAUUGCACCACAACAAGUGAACCCAUCGAGUUCAUUGGACGAGAUGUUUAGCAGGAAGAGGGGGAGACCUCCAAAGAAUCGUGUUGUAGAGGUCUGGACAGAUAAUGUGACUCCUCAAGCUAUAUUUACAUCGUUCAAACUGCCGAAGAGCAACCAACUGCCGCCUCUAGUACAAUCACCAAUUAUUGCUACAGUCGAAGAAUUCCCAAGAAUCAGAUUCCAGAAUUUCGAAGUGUUUACAACACCUGAUUCGUGCAUUCAGUAUUAUGCGAAUUGUGCAUUAAGAUCAACAAGGUUGCAUUUCCAUUGUUUCAACUGUAGCUUCACGGGUGAAACCCACGUGACAAUGGAAACUCACAUGAGGGAAUCCCAUUCGAUAGCUCCGCUAUUGGAAGGCUUCGACUAUUUCUCCUCCUUCGACCAAUGCGGUGGAAAGAGCUGUUUUAAGAACCAAUUAAGAUCGCACUUCCAUUGCGCCCAAGGAAAUAAUUGUCCGGCGAUUUUAACCCAAUAUUCAGCAUUGGCCACCCAUAAGCACGGAAGGGGUACUCCUGUUAUUAAGUGUGAAUCAGAACAAGAGAAAUCUUAUGAAGAAGCCAAAGAUUAUUCUAUUAAAGAACGAGCUUCAGCCGACAGCGUUGCUUCUAUGAAAGAUCAAGCUGAAUCAUUUACACCCACCAAUUUCUCUAUCAAAAGCGAAUUCGAAAGAGAACAGGAUAAUAUUUCGGUAGUAAAAGCGACAGGAACUUUCUACCCGUCAUCUCAUCUCAGGAACUCGUCUCCAUCCCCAAGAAGUAUCUACGACGCCUCCCCGUCUAAGGAUAUUAAGUACGAAAAGAAAUUCGAGCCAAAGUUAACUGGGCCAACAAUACCGCCGUCUUGUCACGAUCAAAACUGCCCGUUGAACAAAAACGCUGGCGCAAUGAACUUGCACUACCACUGCCCGCACUGCAGCCAAGCCUAUGUGGAUUUGAAGCUGUUAUUCAGUCACAUGGUCAAAAAACAUAGCAACGCCAUCGAACCAGGGCCAGUCGGAUUGGCCGCUACAAAGGAAACGCUGGAGAGAGAGUACCCAGAAAUUUCAAUUCUACCGUCAACAGCGACAUCUUCAAACGCCCAAACACCACAACAAAGUCAUCGACCUCCGAAUCCUGCUGAACAGGUGCAAGCUGUUCAAUCCCUACUGCUGCAACAGUACUUGGGUUCAGGUCGCAAAUCGCUCCAGGAUCAAUUGAAGAUGCAGCAGUACUCGUCACUGGCAGGGCUGCCUGGAUUAGCUCAAGUGGCGUUAUUCUCUCAGGGUGGUUCCGCAUUCCCUAUGUAUCCGACUAUGUUGUAUCCGCCCGAGCUUCUUCUUGAACAGAGUCUUCUUCAAAAUCACGGUCUGCCGCCAGGCCUGGACAAAGAAGCGGAAAUGAUCGCUAAAUCCAGGAGAAGUACUGGAGCUAGAGGACCUCAUAUGAGGGUUUUAAAGGAUGAACCCAUACCGGAUGGAUACUUGCGUUUCCGGUUUAAUGAGGAUUGCGCCUAUCAGCAGUGCGGAUACAGGGAACAUCAAACUCACUUCCACUGCACAAGAAAGGAUUGCGGUUACUCAUUUUGCGAUAAAACAAGAUUCGUCCAACACACGGCUAGACAUGAACGUUUGGACACUCUAAUGGGUGGGGACUUCCAACAGUACCGAGCGAACGUGUACUGCCAGCGACCAGAGUGCCCUCACGCCUCCACAUUCGGUAAAUAUCAUUGCACGGGACAGAACAAAGCUUCCCAUUUUCACUGUCUCAAGUGUGACUUCGUAUGUACGGACACCAAUAAGGUUGUUGCUCAUCGCCGACAACAUCAGAAGCUCGACUCCAUACAGGCCGCUGGCUUCCAGAAAUUUCCUCCAAGCAAAGCGUGUGGUUACGAACCCCAGUGCAUUCACAGCAAGAAACAGACCCACUACCACUGUUUGCAAUGCGGCUUCGCUGUUCUUGGGUUAUCGCAGAUGACGUCACACAAGUACAAGCACCAGGAGGCGAGCCUCGGACCGUCGACCAGCUCGACCAACUGACGACCCACAGUCGAUAUUAAAAUAUCACAUCACAAAGGACUUUACGUGAGAGUGUAUACGAUGUAGUGUUAGACUUACGACCAGCGGAGCUGUUAGAGAUAAAAAAAAAAUAUAUAAAAUAAAAAAAAUGAUUUAUAUCCAGUGGAACGGUCCAAAUAGUUUAUUUUAAUACUAUACCUAGCUUGUGUACACUGUACAGUGAGUGACCUACAACUGUUCCCAGUGAGACGCCUAUACUAUUGUCCUCGAUACGUGCCUUACGCGAAAUAGUUUCGGAAAUUUUAAUAGAUGGCGCCACAUGCCAAAUAUAUGAACAGUAACUGUAAACGCGACGAAUUAUAUCUCUAUUAAGCCUGAAUUGUAUAUACGUUCGUUACUAAAAUUGAUUCGCUAUGCAUUUUACAAAAUACUCAAUGGUGAUGAUAUUUUAGGAAUGAUUAUUUUAAGUGCAUGUCAUGUGUGUAUCCUAAAACCUGACCAAUGUAGGCGAUAGUUUAUAUAAAAAAAAAAUAUAUUUAUUACUUCCCCAUUAAAAAGACAUUUUUACGAAUAGUAUUAUUAAUUUAGGUUUCGUAAAAAAAAAAAAAAAUCAAUGGCAAUAAGAAAUUGGGUUUAGAACGCCAUUUUGUGCCUCCGAGGUAAAUUUAUGACAAUACAUUGUGUUUUGAAAUAGUUCACAAUGAAUUAAUAUAUGUAUAAACUAAUAACAUUUUAUUAUAUAUAUAUAAUAUUUUAUAAUAAAUUUCUUAUCAAUAAAAAAAUCACAUACAAAGUUAUUUAUUACGAUACUUUUUGAAUGUCCAUUGGAAACUAUUUCAGACUAGAUUUUACACGAAAAGUUAUAUAAAAAGUAUUUAAAAAAAUAAACCUGUCAAUUUUAUGAAAAUGUAAAUAAGAUAUAUAUGAAAAAAAAAGAAAUAAAAUAAAAAUAGAGAUAUGUUAAUUGUUAUCAAAUAUUGGUGAAGUGUGAACCGAUGUUGGUGGAGAUUGGCCGACGUUGGCCCAAUGUGCGGCGGAGUGUUGUGUGAUCCGCGAGGUAGCCAUAGAAAGCCAUAUUAUACAAGAAAGAAACAUUUUCAGAUCAGUAUUAGUUACAGUACAUCAUAAACCUUUGCAUUCCUGUUUUAUUCCCGGCUACAUUACGUCCAUUCCCGAUAGUUUUAGACGAAUUCCGACGAACCGUAUACUCGUCGGUUUCUAUUUCAUUUCGACGAGUUUUUUUUUUUCUUUUUGUUUCGCAACGAAUUCUCAUAAUGUUCUCCACAUCCUAGCUUCUAUCAGUAUUUCUAUAGAUUAAGCCCUCUCUUCACGUUCCUAUAUUAAACUAACUACAGAUCUACCUUCAUUUCGUUUUAAGGUAAUAACAUUUUGUCACUACUAUUUUUUAAAUGUAAACUAUUUCUUUCAUUUAAUAAGAAAAGGCCGUGCCAUAAAUAUUUAGUCAUCUUUUCAUUAUUGAUAUACAUUUGUAUUUAUUUUCACUGAUCGUAUACUUUACAUGUAAUUAUGUAAACUUUCAUUUAAAAAAAAAAUAAUGAUGUCAUAAUUUUAUUUAAUCUCGUCGGAAACUAUUUCUGUUCAGUGAAUGAAUUUCAAUUAUUGGUUGUUAUCUUGUUACGUUGUCUAAUUUUACGUUCAUGUUUAUUUUUUAUUUUUUUUUAAUGAAUUUCUUUAACGUUGUCUCCUUUCACAAACUUUAAUAACUCAAGUAUUUAUAUAAUCUAGUUUUAUUUAGUUUAAAUUAUUAUUAAUUUAAUUAUUUUCCCUUAUAAAUACAGUAUUCCCGAUAUUAUAUAGUAUGGAUUGUUUAAUUGUAUCUAAAGUUACUUAGUUCAAAGUAAUUAGUGAAAUUUCAUUUCUAACAUGUAAUCCUUGAACGUGUACGAAUUAUUUAGGCACUUUUUAUUUGAGAUUAAAAACGAUUGGUAUGACAGAUAGCUUAGUGUUGUUUACCUCAUGAGUUUUAGUAAUUAAAUGAAAGUAUAUGAAAAAUUUU